GAUUUCAAUAGUCGCGGGCUACUUGAACUGAGAAGUGUGUGUCCGCUGCAGCGCGCAGGAAUUAAUUUGCCGGACAAAGUGAGAGCGUGGCGGGUACAGGGUCGGUAUUGUACUCGGUGAGCUCCGGUAAGAGCGGGACUCUCUGGUCUGCCGAGUGCAGAGCCUCGUCCUGUGUGCAGUGAGCUUCUCCCUCCGCCUAGUACAAGGACAGAGGAGUCGUGUACCCGAGCACCCUCCCUAAUUCCGCCUCCCAGGCCAAGAUGUCGCAGUACGUGCUGCGGGAUGAGAACCAGGAAAACGUCCAGCCCAGGAAGGCGCCCUUACAGCAAGCCGGGCCCCAGGGAGGCCGCACCGUGCUCGGGGUCCUACAGGAAAAUCGGGGGCUACGGGGGGCCCAGGGACGAGGAGGAAAGCAGCACCCGGUUCUUGCUGCACGCAAUCAGUUGGGCACCAACGAUGAGAAUUAUGGCAAGCUACCAGCGGGAAAAGCAGCUCCCAAGCAGGCUACCUUUGCAAUCCACGUGGAUGAGCCGGACUGUGCAAACUAUCGGAAGCAGCCAGUUACAAAAAAGCCUGUGCAAGAUGAACACCUGAAACAGCUGAAUAAAGUGGUAAUUUCUCUCGGGCAAAGGAAGCCUCUGGAACCCAUCGAAAUCCCAGUAGUCCAUACUAGCUAUGAUUCUCCAAUGGAUAUGUCAAUUGUGGAUGAGGAAGAAAAGGUGGCCAGUAGCAAUGCAGUCCAAGAUUAUGCAGAGGAGAUUCACACUUAUAUCAGGGAAAUGGAGAUUAAGUGUAAACCCAAGGCUGGCUACAUGCAGAAGCAGCCUGAUAUAACGAAUAACAUGCGUGCCAUCCUUGUUGAUUGGCUGGUUGAAGUUGGUGAAGAGUACAAGCUGCAGAAUGAGACUCUUUAUUUGGCUGUGAACUACAUUGACAGGUUCUUGUCGUCAAUGUCUGUAUUGCGGGGGAAGCUUCAAUUAGUUGGCACUGCUGCUAUGCUUUUAGCUUCGAAAUUUGAAGAGAUCUACCCGCCUGAAGUAGCAGAAUUUGUUUACAUUACUGAUGACACUUACAACAAGAAACAAGUUCUUAAAAUGGAACAUUUGGUUCUUAAAGUUCUGUCUUUUGACCUCGCUGCUCCAACUAUCCUACAGUACCUCAACCAGUAUUUUCGUCUCCAUCCAGUGGCUUCUAAAAUGGAAAGCUUGUGCAUGUAUCUGGGAGAGCUCAGCUUAAUUGAUUCAGACCCUUUCCUCCGAUACGUGCCAUCUGUUGUUGCUGCAUCGGCUUUCGUCAUUGCAAACUAUACAUUAAACGAUGAGACUUGGCCAGAUUCCUUGGCCCAGUUCACAAAAUACUCAUUAGAAAGUCUUAAACCUUGCAUCUUGGAUCUAUAUCGUACCUAUCUUUCUGCAACGACCCACCAACAACAGGCUGUGCGUGAGAAAUACAAGACUGCAAAGUAUCAAGGUGCAUCAACAAUUGAUCCUCCAGAGUCACUUUCUACAUUUUUAUAAUCCUAAAAGUUGGACUUUUCUAAUGUAUAUGGACAAAAAGCACAUGAUGUACAGUUAUUUUUCUAUUGGAGACUUUGUUUUUUGUAACUCAUUCUGGUAUUGGGAAUCUGCUCUGAACAGAAUUAUGAAGCAAAGUUUUAAGUUUUUAUGGUUUUUAAAUUCUGUAAAUUUUAUGUAUGUUUUAGAUAUUUGCUUAGCUAUGCUAUUUUAUAAAGCUGUUUGUGCAGAUUGCACUAACCAAGCAGUUGACAUAUUUGUUUAUAAACUAUAUAAAUCACUGUUAUUGACAAUAAGUGUUCACUAAACAGCAAAACAAGUGUUUGGUGUGACAGGGUCACACAAGCGUUUGUUUCAAUGAACAAGACGGCUUGUACACUUAUUUAACCUCCCUAAUGUGGAAGUUAUUUGUACAGAAUUGACAACACAUAAGGCUAUCAGAUUGGUGCAGAUCUGGCACCUUCCUUGUAGAUGUGUUGGCGAUCUACUGUGUGAGGAGUUGUAUGCUGUGGUUUACCAUUGGAUGUGGAAAGAAACUAGCCCAAGAGUUGGGCUUUCUUGGCUUAUGUCAAUGCUGAAUAUGGAGGUUGCAUUUGUUCAACUGAAGAAUCCAUCUAGACCAGACAAGUGGCACUCCAGUGAUUUGUCAUGUAGGCAGCUUGUACCUGACCUAUUGCGGAGUACAGCUCUGCUGUUAAAAUGGGACUUGUGCAUCGUUGUUGGUUUGUGGUCGUGCAUAUCCAAACAGUUUACAUGUUGGUGUACUUGGUUUUGCUGUGAUGGCUAUUACAACUUUGUCACCCUGACAAGUGGAGCCUAUCUUCUGGCCCAAUGGCUAGUGAAAACAGUGGGCUAAUCAGAUUUUCCAGGUCUUAACUAGCAGUUAACCUAGGGUCAAGUGUUAACACAUUAAACUGUGCUGUUUCAUCCAACAGCACCCCCACAUGGUGUUCUUUGCUCUAUUGUGCACACUUGUAUGUUUAAUGGGGGUCCCCCCCACCUAAGGUUCUAACCAAUCAAGAACAGUGUUUGCUCUUUCUAUACAAACUGAGUAGAAAUCCUGUCAAGUAUUGAAUACAAGUUUCAUUGCUGCUAAAGAUUGUUCCUGCCCCACCACAAUGGGAACGGCACAGGGCUUAAAAUGAGCCAUAUGAACUGGUAGUGUUAAAUGAGUUUGCAAGAGGCUUGGCAUAUUUUGCUUAAAUGUGGUUGCACCCUAGAACUGAUUUUUCAAGGACAACCAGCUGUUAUAAAAGCUGACACUACUUCUGAUCAAAAUCACUAGUUGUGCAAAAAUUCUAUGUACACAUUUUUCUGUCUACAGGAGUAGUAAACUGUUGGGAUGCGUCUCAUAGUCGGUAAUUAUGAUGGUAGAUCUGUCUCAUAGUCGGUAAUUAUGACGGUAGAUCCAAGUUUCCAGGCAUAUGACUUUUGUCUGACCCAGUCCAACAAGCUCUACCUGUAAAUCUUGAUUAGAGAAGCACUUUUUUUAUUUGAUACUCUUAACAAAAGGUGAAUAUGUAAAUUACUCAAGUUAAUGUGGUGUAAAGUUACUGGCCUAAUGUUCAGUUGUAAAAGCCACUGGCUCUUGUAUUUUAUAGUGUAAAUGGCAGGUGUGCAUUAAAAUGUUUGUAUGGAAAAUACCA